CCCCCCGCAUCGCCCGCAGCUCCCAAACCCCAGGUCCUCCCAGCCGCCUCGACGCCGUCGCCGUCGCCGUCAUGGCAGCCGCUCGUCCCGCUGCGCGCCGACCUCCAGCUGCUCGCGCGUGACCUGCGCCCUGACGCAGGCUGCUACCGCGCGACCCUGUUUCGUCUGAGCCUCCGACGUCGUCUUGGCCCCCUGGAAUCUGCGACGUGUGCAAGCGUCAGCGGCACGCCGUGGAGCAGAGCCCCCUCCGGCCCUCCCCCGGUUGGUCCUGAAGCUGGCGCGAUUCCCGUUGCUUCGUUUUCGCCAUGAACAACCACCUCCGUGCCGCAUUAAGCGCAGCCCGGCUCCGGUGGGCUCCCGGUGCCCUCGACAAACCCUCCAGAGUGCCGCCGUGCUGUGCUGCCAGUUGGCGGCAUGUCCAAGGAUCAUUCCCGGCUUCGGAUCGGGUUGCUCCUGAUCAUGGGGUUCAGCGGCGGCCCUAUUCAGCUGCUCCCAUCCACAGCGAGGGGGAAACCUUGGUGGAUGAGGAGGAGGACGAGGUGGAUCGGAAGAUCAGGCAAAUGGAGAGGAGGCGGGAGGUCCGCGCCGCGCAGAAGACGUUCAUGGAGUACCUCCAUGUCACGCGCGGCAUGUGCUUCAGCGACGCCGAGCAUAUAAGCAAGCGCUCGCCUGUCUACCUGAGCAAGCUGCUGGAGGAGGUGAAGGACGCCCUGAAGGAGCCCCCGGAGGGGGGAACCGAGCUGGUCUUCAGGUCCAAGGUGAAGAAGAGGGACAUGAAGGACGAAAGGGUCAGCAAGGCCCUGGUGCGGUUAUUUCAAUUCAAUCCUGUCAACGAGUUUGAGCCCUUUUUGGAGAGCAUCGGCCUCAGACCGAGCGAGUGCAGUGCGUUCUUGCCUCGGGAUCUCAUGUUUCUUACGGACGAUGAGAUGUUGCUCGGCAACUUCCGCCUGCUUUGCAAUUACGGCAUUGCGCGCAGGAAGAUAGGGAGGAUAUACCGGGAUGCUAUGGAGGUCUUUAGUUUUGGCCAUGGUGUGCUUGCAUCUAAGCUGAAGGCCCUUGAGGAACUUGGGUUCAGUAGGACCAGUGUGAUCAAGCUCGUAAUUGCUACUCCUGUUGUAUUGGUUCGUGACCCGAAUGUGGAAUUGAAGAUCCUGGAGUGGCUAGACGACAUUGGAAUCCAGCGGGACUGGAUUAGUCAAUUCUUAUCUGCUAAGAAGUCGUAUGAUUGGAGAAAGAUGGUCCGAGUUCCUCAGUUCUUCAUUAACUUGGGAUUUACUAAGGAAGGUGUUGGUAAAUUGGUCAGGCAAAAUCCAGAUUUCUUGUUGGAUGGUUCAGGAAAGAUGCUAUUUACAGCGGUUCUCAUGAUGCUAAAAGCGGGAUGUGGAAAAAAGGAGCUGUAUGAUCUUUUUAUGGACUUCCCAAAUGUGUCGGUCGAGGAUUUCACAAGUAACCUACGGAGGGGAAUGCUGUUCUUAGCUGAGAUUGGCAUAAGUGAUAAGGAUGUUAACAAGUUUGUUCUUUCUCAUGGAUUAAUCCUUGGUUCUGCCCCAUUGAAGAUGCCAAACAGCAUUGUUACAAAUCUCAAUGUGGGAAAGAGGCGCCUGCGCAAGAUUAUACUGGAGGACCCGAAACUGUUGAUGAGUUACACAUUAGGGUCAAAAGUCAGCCAGCUACCAAAAAUUGACCCCUUUGAAGCAUCAUUCAGUGAGAGAAUAAAAUUCUUGAAAAGCAUAGGAUUUGUUGAAGGCUCUGAAGAUAUGAAGAAGGCACUCAAAACCUUCCGUGGUAAAGGUGACGAACUACAAGAUCGGUACGAGUUCUUAGUGAACAAUACUGGGUUGGACCCAAAAGAUGUAGUAAACAUGAUCAAGCUGGCUCCACAGGUUCUGAACCAGAGGAUUGAUGUGCUCGAGUCAAAGAUAUCCUUCCUUGUAAAUGGUUCAGGGUAUACUGUGAGUGAUCUGGUUGCUUUCCCUGCUUACCUGUCAUUUACCGUAGAAAGAAGCAAAGUCAGGAUUCUCACGUACAAGUGGCUGCUAGAAAGGGGGGUGGUUAGGCCCCGGCCGGCUCUAAGCACGAUCCUUGCUUGCUCAGACAAAUGUUUCAUGAGCUAUUUUGUGAAGAAGCAUCCCAUGGGUUCUGAAGUUUGGGAAAACUACAAGAGGGAAGUAACUAAGGACAAAAACAUGCCUUGUAGUUGAGAUCAUUAGCACCCUUGCCUUUGAUGAAUUAACUUUUUUCACUGUCUACAUUUGCUCACGUAAUGCUAUUCUUUGAUAAUUAGUGGCACAUCAGCUGUCCUCUUUCUGGAUGGUGUUUCUUCUCUGCUGCAGGAACUGACUUAGCUUGUGCUGGGUGAUUGUUCCAGGAAGAAGAUUCAGUAAACUAUUGGACCAUGUUUUUGAAAGUUUCUACAUAUUAGAGUUUGAUCAACUUCAGAAAAGAAAAAAAGCAGUAGUUGGUCCCCGUCCAAUGGUAGUGCUGAUCUAUUUCACUUUUCCUGCCUACGGGGGAAAUAUUAUAGAUGCUUCAGUAUGAUAUGGGCUAAAUCUCAAAAACCUUUCUGUCAAGUAUUACUUCCGUCCCAAAUUAGCUGUCUUAGAUUUGUCUAGAUACGGAUGUAUCUAACACUAAGACAACUAAUUCGGGAUGGAGAGAGUAUUUGAUACUUUCAGCUUGUUAUAUCUUUGGAAAUGGCCAGUGUCCUUGGUAGGUGCUAGUGGCAAGGGAAGAAAAAGAUUUGCUGCUUUUAGUUUGUUUCGGAUUUGCCGUCAACACAUUUUUGUAUAGAGAGAUGCUGUUAAUACAAUUUUGGUGCUAGGCAUCGCAGCAGUGAUCAUGUAUACCUCAUUUUCAUCACAUGUACCCU